CGCCGCGAUGAGCUCCUGCGCGAGGCUCGCGACCGGCGAUGCGCUCGUGCGAACGCUACGCGUCGGUCGAUCGGUCCCCAAAGGCCCCCACCGCGCGGGAGGACGUCGACGGUCGACGCGGGUCCGCGCCGCUUCAGCGACGUCGUCGACGUCGGCACCGGGAUCCGAUGGCGGACCGUCGUCCGCGGCGUCGACCGAACGCGACGAUGCACGGACCCCACCGACCGUGCGAGCUCCGCCGGGAUCGCACAUAUACUUCGCCUACGGCAGUAACGUCAACACCAAGACGAUGAGCGGCGUUCGCGGCGUCCGCCCGUCCGCGUCCUACCCCGCGGUGCUCGAGGACUACAAGCUGGUGUUCACCGUCCCCGGGCUGCCGUACGUGGAGCCCGGGUUCGCGUCGGUCACCCGCGUGAGGGACGACGACGGCCGUGGGGGUGCCGAGGGUGCCGACGAGGGUGCCGACAGGGGUGCCGACACCCCCAACCCCGGCGACCCGUCGUUGGACAGGUACGAACGCGAGGUGCACGGCGUCGCGUACGUCAUCGCCGACGACGAUUGGCGAUUCGUGCUUCGCAGCGAGAGCGGGUACGACGUCGAGCGCGUGACGCUGCGUCGGUGCUCCGACGGCGCCGCCGUCGACGCCGUCACGUUGGUGUACCCCGCAACGGACCUCGGCACCGAACUCUUGCCCAGCGCUCGGUACCUGGGAUUGCUGACGGAGGGCGCGGAGGAGUGGAACCUGGACUUGGGUUGGCGACGGUACCUUCGGGAGAGGGUGAGGGCGUACGCCCCGGAGGGUAAGGAGCUGGCGGGUGCGAUCGCCGCGGCGUCCCUCGCGCCCAUUGGGUUGGCAGCCGCGCCCCUGGGCCUGGCGAUCGCGAUGACGAGGGCGAUGGAUCCAAUUGGUGGGACCGGUGACUCACCACCCGGUGACGCAUCGGGCGACUUAGAGCGGGCGGCCGAGGCGGCGGUCGUGGACGGGUUCAGGGCGUUCCAGGGGUUCACGUGGGGGGUGCACAACGCGCUGUGGGAGCCGUUGUUCGGCUCGGGCGCGAACAACGACGGGGGGGACGGACGGCGGCGAUAGACGAUGGACUCGUCGGCGUCUCUCGUGAUUUGAUUAGACUCGUCGAGCUUUGAUUUGGGAAAGAAGAGACGCGCGCGUC